AUGGGUAAUUGCUUUUCUGAUUUAGAUGGUGGUAAGCAGGCCGUAGGCGGUAGCGGUGGGAGCCACCAGAGGGCCCAGAAUGCCGGCGGUGGUGCCGGCCACAAUGAUGCCGUGGACCUUUUCUUCAGAACAAAAGGCCUCCAUGGUCUUUUUACACAAAUGGAGUUAUCUCUAUCAGCAUCAAAGCUUCGUGAUCUUGAUGUCCUAUCUAAGAUGCUGAAGUUAAAUGAUCAAGAGUUCCUUGGUGAAGCCAGUAGUUAUCUCUCUGAGAUUGUUACUAAACAAAAUCAAAGUUUGACCUUGAAUCUUCAUCAUAGAGAUGGACGGAGUUCAAAAAACUUGGGGACACUUACUGUCCAUGCAGAGGAAACUGUUGCUUCGAGGAAUGCAGUGGAGAUGACAUUUCGUUGUUCUCAUCUGGAGAACAAGGAUCUAUUUUCCAGAAGUGAUCCUUUCUUGAGAAUCUCUAGAGCUAUCGAAUCUGGAGGUUCUGUUCCAAUUUGCAAGACAGAAGUCGUGAACAACAACUUGAGUCCAGUUUGGAAACCUGUAUGUCUAACGACGCAGCAAUAUGGGAGCAAGGAAAACCCAUUGGUUAUUGAGUGCUUUGAUUUUAAUAGCGAUGGUAAUCAUAUAUUUAUCGGAAAACUACAUAAAUCUGUGGCAGAACUGAUAAGUCUUCACCAAAAUAAAACUGGUGCAAAUUUCAUUUCCCCACCUUCUGGAUUUCGGCAUCAUGAAAAGGUUCUCAAAGGUCAACUUUUUGUGGAUGGCUUAAUUGAGAAACAACUUUACAGCUUCCUUGAUUACAUUUCCAGUGGUUUUGAGCUUAAUUUCAUGGUUGCUGUUGAUUUUACUGCUUCGAACGGAAAUCCUAGAAGUCCAGAUUCUUUACAUUACAUUAAUCCUUCUGGCCAGUUAAAUGCCUACCAGCAGGCUAUUAUGGAGGUUGGGGAGGUCAUUCAAUUCUAUGAUUCAGACAAACGCUUUCCUGCUUGGGGCUUUGGUGGAAAAUCAUAUGAAGGCUCGGUAUCUCACUGUUUCAACUUGAAUGGAAGUCCCAUUGGUUUCGAGGUUGAAGGUGUAGAAGGUAUCAUGGCUGCUUAUGCACGUGCUUUGCAAAAUGUUACUCUUGCUGGACCCACACUAUUUGGUCAAGUCAUAAAAAAGGCUGCAGAUAUUGCUGGCAACUCCAUCUCUGACAAUCAUGCCAAGUAUUAUGUCCUGUUGAUUAUAACUGAUGGAGUCCUCACCGAUCUUCAAGAAACUAUAGAUUCCCUGGUCAGGGCAUCUGACUUGCCACUGUCAAUCCUUAUUGUUGGAGUUGGUGGUGCAGAUUUUACACAAAUGGAGAUCCUUGACGCUGAUAAUGGACGUCGAUUAGAGAGUUCUACUGGAAGGAUAGCUACACGAGACAUAGUUCAGUUUGUUCCAAUGCGUGAAGUGCAUGGUGGACAAAUCUCAGUGGUUCAAGCUUUACUGGAAGAGCUACCGGGGCAGUUUCUGACUUACGUGCGCAGUCGAGAUAUUGUACCUCUUAAUGUGACCCAAAGUCAUGCUGAAGCGCUCACACAACUCAGGGUUUAA